AUGUUACUUCGUAUUUUAUUUCUGGUGUUUAUUUCAAUUGGUGGGGCACAAGCAAGAUCAUGGAACAAGAAAGCUAAGCAUUCGCUUAAAAUCAUUCAGACAUUAGCAGGAGAUCUAUUUGACUGUGUUGAUAUGUAUAAGCAACCAGCAUUUGACCAUCCUCUGUUAAAAAAUCACACUCUUCAGUUAAAACCAAGUAGUCUUCCAAAGGGAAUGAAGCUUGCAAAAUCCAAACCAGCUUCUUUUUAUGGAUUCAAUGAUACUUGUCCUUCUGGCACUGUUCUUGUCCACCGUGCUCGCAAACAAGAUUUAAAUGAGUCUCAACUCUUGAGAAACCAAUUUAGAGCACAAGCCAUAGUCGACAAUCAAAAUACAAAAGGAAAUCACUACGCAAUAAUUCAAUCUGUACCUGGUUACUACUUUGGAGUGUAUGCAAAAAUGGCAACUUAUAAGCUUCCAGAUCUACAACCUGGUCAAUCAUCAUCCAGCUCUAUAAUACUUUAUGGCGAUGUAAAUGUUCCGACCAAUGAACUCAAUGGUAUUGCCGUUGGUUGGCAAGUUUCAACAGUCAUAUACGAUAGCAGUUAUCCUCGAUUUUUUACUUUUUGGACCAGUGACGGGCAGGAUAAAACAGGAUGUGUGAAUUUGCAAUGUGCUGGUUUUGUUAGCACCACUAAUAUUUAUGGACCUGGAAGUUUUAUUCCCCAAUUUUCCACUUAUGGUGGGGAACAAAAAUAUCUAGCGAUACUAAUUGCUAGGGAUUCUAAUACAGGGAAUUGGUGGGUGACAUAUAAUGAUGAGCUACCUCUUGGAUAUUUCCCUAAGGAAUUACUUCCAAAGAUGAAUUUUAAUGCAAACAUGGUUAAAAUGGGUGGGCAGGUUACCUCUCCCUUGAAUGUGCCAAGCCCUCCUAUGGGUAGUGGUCAUCCAAGUAAUGAAGGACGUAAUAAAGCUGCUUAUUUCAUUCAAGUUCGAUUUUUGGAUAAGUCGAAUAACUUCUACGUUUUGGAACGUCCUUUUCUUCUAGCUCAUGCUGAUAUCGAUGAUUAUUAUAAUGUAACAGAUGAUCGUUAUAUAGAUGAUAAAGAUAAAUAUGUUUUUGCUUAUGGAGGAGCUGGAGGUUUCAAAUAA